AUGGGUGAAACUAGCCGCCCGGCGAGUCCCGCCCUAAGCGCAACAAGCGCGAGAGUUUGCCUCGUGAUCUCGUGGGGACACCCAGCGACACCACAGACAGUUCCGAUAGCGGUGACAACGGUCGACGAGCGCGAGUCGUCGCGAACUAAGAGAGUGACGCGACGCCGACCCGACUCCGACAGUGACGAGGAACGAGAAACGGUAGUCGACAGCGGCAGAGGAAGCGAACCGAGCGAAGAGCGCGGUCGUUACGUCACAACUCUAAGCCGGAAAAACGGGACACCGAUAGCACCAGGAAAAGUAAUCGCAUAUCAGUCUCUGCGAUCACUAAAAGCUACACCGAGCGCUCGGCCAGUGAAGCGGACAGCGCCUCCUCCCUAG